AUGUCAGGCAUGGCAUCACGGUUGUCUGAUGUCUUCCUUCGUUCCCCCUUCUGGCAGUCCACUGCGCAACACUCGCGGGCCAGCGGCGCGGAACCUGAAGCAGCGGAGGCAUCCACGGAUCCUGUGGCUGAUGCCGAUGCGACCGAGGCAUCGGAGGCAAAGUCUCCUCCUGGAUGCUCAGAGAUCCAUCGGGCGACUGAGGAUGACACGGCAAGAAGUGGCGAAGGUGCCCCGACGUCCCUGGGAGUCGAGCAAGCCGGGGAUGAAUGUGUAUUGCCAGCUGCUCCUGAUAGUGCUGAUCUGGUCGCACCAAGCAGCAGCACAGCGCCGCCAGAGGACCUGCCAACAGCAUCAGUCACAAGGGGCCUGAGACUCAAGAGUGGGCCCGUGGAUGUGCCCACAACUCCUCCACGACGAAGCCGACGUUUGAAGGGGUUGGCGCCAACACCCAGCCCGCUGCCACAGCGGAAGCGGAAGCUGACAGAGCAUGCAGAGACGGCAAAGCCUGGACCGGAAUCCGACCUCCCGAAGCGCACCAGCUUCGCUGAAAUCCUGAAAGCCUGUGUCGGGCAGUCCUCGCUCCAGCGGACCCAGAAGAAAGCACCCAAAGCACCAAAAGCCAAAGCCGCCAAAGCCAAGUCUUGCCGACGGAGCGUUGAGAGGCCCAACACUCUGCAGCAAGGCCGGCGACUGCCGCAGGGGCCAGCCCUGACCCGGAUCCCUGCUGAGGUUUUCGAGCGGCAUGCGCCAGAGCCAUCCACGCGGUCGCGGCCAAAGCGGCGCCGCAUGCCCCCGCUCCAGGCCUGGCGCAAUGAGCGGGUCGUCUACGAGAGGACGGCGCGCUCUCAGACUCCAAGUGUCGUCGCAGUCCAGAUGGACAUGACCACACCAUCCACGCCCACGGCGACCACGUCAACCGCGACGGAUUCGGUGGCACGGAAUCGACUGCCUGCCCUGCAGGCUCCCUUGAAAGCGCUGGGGUCACUACAGUCCAGUGAGUUCAAGGAUUUUGUGGGCAUUUGUACGUCCAGAUUGACCAGCCGCGUUCUGGCUCUGCCAGACCGUGGUGAAGCUCAUCCUUGUACUAUUUCGAUCAGUGGUCCCGGUAUACUCCAUGUUCUCGAUGGCACCUUACGAAUUGCCAAGGAGGGAGCGGCAAAGGAGAUGCAGCUGAGCGAGGGGGCUUUCAUGCUUGUGAAAGACUCUGACAGAAGGCUUGUAGCAGGACGGGCAUCAAGGCCGAGUAGCGUUGCAGUUCGCUUUCUCUGGGUAGAAGUUCGGUAG